AUGACUUUAGUGGAAGAGAACCAAGGCAAAGGCAGCCUCAAUGAUGGAGAAAUUACUCCAAAGGCCGAGUCAAUCACUAACAAGGAAUCUCCAAGUUUACAAAGUAUUUCUGAUGACAUUAUUAUCGACAAAACAUGGAAAGAUUACAUCUUUAUCACGAUUUUAUGUUUAUUAGUCGCUUUCGGUGGAUUUGUCUUUGGUUACGAUACCGGUACAAUCUCAGGUUUUGUUAAUAUGCCAGAUUUCGUUGACAGAUUUGGUGAACUUAACGAUUCUGGUGAAAAGUAUUUAUCCGAUGUCCGUACUGGUUUGAUUAUUUCCAUUUUCAACAUUGGUUGUUGCAUUGGUGGUUUAGUGUUUUCAAAAGUUGGUGAUAAGUAUGGAAGAAGAAUUGGAUUGAUGUUUUCCAUGGUUAUUUACGUUAUUGGAAUUGUUAUCCAAAUCACAUCCCUGUCCAAAUGGUACCAAAUCAGUCUUGGCCGUUUUGUCACUGGGUUAUCUGUUGGUACCGUUUCAGUCAUUGCACCAAUGUUCAUCUCCGAAUCCGCACCAAAAUUGUUGAGAGGAACGUUGGUUUGUUGUUUCCAAUUGUGUAUCACAUUGGGUAUUUUCAUUGGAUACGUUACAACUUAUGGUACCAAACAAUUGAACAACUCAAGCCAAUGGAGAAUUCCUUUAGGUUUAUGUUUCCUUUGGGCUAUUUUCAUGACUAUUGGUAUGUUGUUUAUGCCUGAAUCUCCAAGAUAUUUGGUUGAGAAAAAGAGAAUUGAAGAUGCCAAAAAGUCGAUUGCAAAAUCAAACAAACUUAGUGUUAAUGAUCCUUUUGUGUACUCGGAAUUGCAAUUGAUCCAAGCAGGUAUCGAUAGAGAGGAAUUGGCUGGUAAUGCAUCAUGGAAGGAGUUGAUUACAGGAAAACCAGCAAUUUUCAGAAGAGUCAUUACUGGUGUCUCCUUGGCCUCAUUACAACAAUUGACCGGUGUAAAUUACUUCUUUUAUUUUGCAACCACCAUUUUCAAAGCUGUUGGAAUGAGCGACUCCUUUAUUACUUCAAUCAUCUUGGGUGCCGUGAAUUUCCUUUCCACAUUUGUCAACAUUUGGGCCAUUGAAAGACUUGGUAGAAGAGUGUGUUUGUUAAUUGGUUCCGCUGGUAUGUUUGUUUGUUUCAUCAUAUACUCAGUUCUCGGAUCAGUCAACUUGUACAUCACCGACGAGUCUGGUGAGGAAACAACUGACUUGACUACAGGAAAAGCUAUGAUCUUCAUUACUUGUUUGUACAUCUUCUUCUUUGCUUCAACAUGGGCUGGUGGUGUUUUUACCAUCUUAUCCGAAAUUUAUCCAUUGAGAGUCAGAGCCAAGUCCAUGUCUGUUGCCAUUGGUUCAAAUUGGCUUUGGGGUUUCCUUAUCUCAUUCACAUCAUCAUUCAUCAUUAACUCAAUCCGUUUCUACUAUGGUUUUGUGUUCACUGGUUGUCUUGCUGUUUCAUUCGUAUUUGUUUACUUCUUCAUUAUGGAAACUAAAGGAUUGAGCUUGGAAGAAGUUGACGAGUUGUAUGCGCAACGCGUAUUACCAUGGAAAUCAUCUUCAUGGGUCCCACCUUCGGCAGAAGUCAUGGCUACUUCUACUGGCUACGCUAAGCCAGUUCACGAACACGCAUAA